AUGUUUACUCGAAGGUUUAUUCCAGUUGUUCAGUCCACUAAGCAAAACAUUGGUAAAUAUAUUCGAAGAGAUGCUAGGUUCACUUUAUUAACAUACAACAUGCUCUCGCCGUCAUAUAUGUGGCCGCAAGUGUACACCUAUGUUGCAGAGCCAUAUAAAAACUGGAGUUAUAGGCACAGACUGCUGGAGAGAGAACUUUUGAAUACUUUUAAGGCGGAUAUUAUGUGUCUCCAAGAAAUGACCGCAAGAGAUUAUGAAGACUAUUGGCACGAUUCCAUAGGGGUUGAUGUCAAUUAUGGGUCCAAAUUUAUCUCCAAGACACCCCCAAAAUACUGGAAAAAACCAGUUAAAGAUAUGGAUGGUGUAUCUAUUUUCUAUAAUCUUGCAAAAUUCGACUUUAUAUCGUCAUCAGGGAUCUACUUAAAUCAGCUACUGAAUGUCUUCAAUGAAAGAGAACUGAAAUACUUAUACAAUAAGAGAGUAACGUUAACUGAUGGCGCUUCUAAUGUUAUUGGUGAAGACAGUUUAUUGGAUGUUUUAAAAGGCAAGAAUCAGGUAUGCUUAUUCGUAUCCUUGAAACAUAAGGAGACAGGUACUAUCUUUGUCGUUUUGAAUACUCACCUAUAUUGGAAAUAUGACGAGGUUAAGCUAACACAAUGCAUGAUUAUAAUGAGAGAGCUAUCAAAGAUCAUUAAGCAGCUUUUACCGGGAGAUGUAAAAGGUCAAGGAAAAGUGAAAAUUUUAUUCACUGGCGAUUUAAAUUCCACGAGGGAUUCGCUAGUUGUUAAUUUUCUGCAAGGUCAGAUAGUUAGUCAUGGAGAUCUUAAUCUUAUCAACCCAAUGAGGCCGUAUUUAGAUCGUUGUGUCUAUGAUGACAUACCAAAGGAUUACUUUGUACAUACAUGCUAUUCGGGGAAGUUGAAGGGCAUCUUCGAUUACGUAUGGUACCAUGAUUCAGACUUUUCACUGACUAAAAUUUUAACCGGCAACGAAGUAUCAGAUGAAUUACUAGCGUCAAAUCAAUUAGGCUUACCCAAUGAAAACCAUCCUAGCGAUCAUAUACCCCUACUAACAGAAUUCAAAAUAUUAUGA